AUGUGGUUUUAUACUCGUACUACGGUGACAGCUUCAGCAGGGUACUUACAAGUCGAGGUUGAGUUUCUGCUUGCCUUAAUCUGCAUCACACUCGUAGCAUUCCACACCAAUACUUCGAGGUCUACCUUUGUUGGGAUCUUCUAUGUCAUCGUUGGGAUCCUUUUCUAUGGUGCACCUUUCACUGUUAUGCCCCAUGUCAUAAAUACCAAGAGUGUAAAAUACAUGCCAUUGUCUCUUUCGAUUGCUGGUUUGUGUAACGGAGUCAUUUGGAGUGCAUAUGCCUGCAUCAAUGUAUUUGAUCCCUACAUUCUGUGCGCACAACAAGAUAACGGAGUUAAUUGCGGACUAUACGUGAUGAGAUUCAUGUUGGACAUAAUGAGUCAUUGCACAGACUUACAACAGCUUGAUGAGCAUGAGCCCCACUAUGUUCAUGGCUUAAUACUCUAUUCCCUCAAUCCCUUUUCGUUUGCAUCAUGGGCCCAUAUUUGUGAAAGUUUUUUUAAUGGAUCAAAUAGUGCAAACAACAAGGGACAAAAGGAGUACUUCAAAGGAGAUAGAGGUAGAUAA